CUGCGUUUGGUUUCCUGUUCUGAGUCAGUGUGUAAAACCCGAGUUUCAAUGUUGUCACAUCGGCUGUCCGUCUGUCUCUCUUUGUGCAGGUUUUUCAGAAUCAUCAGAGGGCUGAAGUUCGCGCAGGGUCUGGUGGUAAUAAAGUCAAUAAAAGUGUUUAUUUUACAUGUGUGAUUGAGUUUCUGUCAUGAGGUGUGAUUAGGGAACCAUGAAAGAGGCAUACAAUGGUGUAAAAAGUCUGCAUGUUUUAAAUAAACUUGAACAUUUUUGUGUGCUUGGGUGUGAACUCUUGCGUUUCUUUCAUUUUGCUCGGUGUUGCAGAGGGAGGAGAGGUGUGCAUUUGCUCUUAAAAAUUCACUUGUUAACUAAUUUUAUGGAGUUUUUUGGAUUUCACCCUUUUGAAGAAGUGAAUCAUUUCAAAAUCUUGAUUUCUAUGGCAGUAAAUGAUGGGAGUCAUGAUGCAAAUCACAGACUUGCAAAAUGACCUUAAAUAAUAUAAGUGGGUCAUUAAAUUUGACAAAUCUGGUGUAACUCGGAGAACACAAGCUGAAAGGCAAGAUGAUUUAUUUUCUGCACAAUGCAAAUGAAGGACGACUUUGGCCCCAGUGGAUUUUUUUCGUUUUUUUUUUUUAUUUUAUCAAAGCAUGAAUCAGUGUUUUUGCCUGACUGUCAUUGGCUGACUGACGUGAAAAUUAAUUUGUGAGGGAGGAGAAGAAAGAAAGUGCGACAGUGUGAGGAGCUGAGGGUUUCUCGCUGCAGCUUCUGGACGCAGAUCAGGAGACCGUGUGAGCUCAGAGUGGAUACAGAGCAGAGCCGGUGCUGUGUGAGUACAGGAACAUGUGUCUCGACUAUCUUUGCUUGCAGGUCUCCUAACUUGCUGCAGCUGCAUCAAACAAACUCAGUUCCCACAUCGCACCAAAAUCGAUACCGCUUUGCUUUUUGUCUGACCUUGAGCCCAAAUCGUGGCAAUGAUUUGCAUUCUGAAGCUGACAGAUUUCUGCUGCAAACUCGUUCCACCAGUGUGAUUUAAUGUUUCCAGCUGAUCUUAAAUGCGCCUUUUUCCUUUAUUUGCGUUUUUGCAAUUUAGCGGACAGCCUAAUUGGGUCUGUGUAUUGGGCCGGGAGGGGGUUUUAAUGAUGUAAAACAAUAAGGCUGAAGCAGUGUAACUGUAAAGGGAUACUUGGGCUCCCCACCAGCAGGCUGUUGUGCAUAGCGGCCGUGCGCGUCUUAUUAACAGGAUCAUUUUACCAGCAGUCAAACAAGCAGGUCAUUAUCCAUCACAGGCUGCUCUGCCCGCACAAACACACGUUUUAUGUCUCAUUAUAUCCCAACAAUAGAUUUAACUUUUAGAAUAAAGCUAGUUCUCUCAUAAAUUUAAGGAUUUGAGCUGACAAUAAGCGAAACAUCAAUUUAAAGAUGCUUUGCGCAGAAAUCCAAUCUCAGUUUUAUUUAUUUUUUUAGUUUCUUGUGGUAUUUGACAGCAUUUCUAAGUUUGGUCAUCACCUGGAAAUAAAAAUAUACUAGUAAAGCUUGGUAACACAGCAAAAAAACAAAAACAAAUCUCAGAAGUCAUUUUUGAGAUUGCUUCCUUGAAAAAUACUCAAUCAUAUAAUAAACGAAACACCAGUGAACAAAUAUGACGCUCCUUAACUUGCCAUUAAUUUGGAUCAUAAAUCCAACUGUACACUCCAGAACAUACACACAAACUUCCUCCUACGUGAUUGAGAUCGUUUCCAGUCGCUACACCGACAUACAAUAUCUCCUCGUCAAUCUCAUUUCUACCGAGACCCUUGGAGGAAGGGGACACGGUGGUCCAGCUUUUGGCCACCUGCCCGGCGACACCUGGUAAACGAUACGGCCUCUCAGCGCAUGCGUAAUAGCCUGCCAAAAAUCCCAACGCCGUCUCGUCUGACAACCAAUAGUGUUCCAAUCUGUCCAGAGAUAAAGUCAAAGCGGCGUGGAGAGCGGAGAAGUGGAGGAUUUCAGAUGUGAGGAGCUCUGAGCGGCGGACAGCUAAACAACAUGCCGAGGUCCUUCCUGGUGAAGAGUAAACGGGCCCACAGCUACCACCAGCCCCGCUACCUGGACGAUGACUACAGCAGGCUGGACACUAUCCUGGCCCACGUGUGCGCAGAAAAUAAAUCUCAAGGGGAGUUCGAGUCCAACUUAGAGCCGCAGGAAGACGUGAGCUCCGGCGCUGACAGGCUGUCCCCCGGGUCCAGGCUGCGGUCUCCGGGGUCUCUGUCCUCCAGCUCCCCGCUGAGCUGCGGAGGCAGCGUGUGUGACCGAUCCUCCGACUGUGAUUUCUGGCGUCCCCCGUCUCCCUCCUCCUCACCAGAUUCAGAGAAAUGCUCCACUCCAGCAGCGGAGGACGGCCCGUUCAACAUCCCGCUUUUUCCUUACUCCUGGUCAACAUACUCCGGCUCCGAGCUGAGGCAUCUGGUUCAGGGGCCUUAUCACCACCACCUGCAGGGCCACAGAGAGUCUCCCUCUCCCGUCAGCAUCUACGGGGCGGAGGACGGAGGCACCGAGCCGCUUUACGCACAGCGGGGCCUCGGGCCCGGCUGCUACCAGGAUUACUCUUCAACGGGCCACCAGAUCUGCAGGAUGCGGGACGGAGACGGGCUGUAUCUGGAUGUAAAGCAGCAGCCCCGCGGUGCAGAAAUCAAAUCUGAAAAUGAUUUCAUCCGCUCCAACCUCGAGUCAAGUGGAUCAUAUAAGUGCAUAAAAUGUUGCAAGGUGUUCUCCACACCUCAUGGGCUGGAGGUUCAUGUGCGGCGAUCACACAGCGGGACGCGGCCGUUUGAGUGUGGGAUCUGCGGGAAAACCUUCGGACACGCAGUGAGCUUGGACCAGCACAGAGCGGUGCACUCGCAGGAGAGAAGCUUCAGCUGUAAAAUCUGUGGCAAAAGCUUCAAGCGCUCCUCUACGCUCUCCACGCACCUGCUCAUCCACUCGGACACGCGGCCUUAUCCGUGCCAGUACUGCGGGAAGAGAUUCCACCAGAAGUCAGACAUGAAGAAACACACUUUCAUCCACACAGGUGAGAAGCCGCACAAAUGCCAGGUGUGCGGGAAGGCCUUCAGUCAGAGCUCCAACCUCAUCACGCACAGCAGGAAACACACGGGCUUCAAACCUUUCGGCUGUGACCUCUGCGGGAAAGGCUUCCAGAGGAAAGUGGACCUGAGGAGACACAAGGAGACGCAGCACGGACUGAAAUAAGCACUGGAAAGCUUUGACACAAAAUCUUGCACUUUGAAUGUACUCUGGCUGUGCAAAUGUUAAAGUUUGUUCUAUUAUUUUCCAACUGUCGAACUAUUCAGUCUGAGAUAUCCUGGUUGUUUAUUUAUCAACUGUGUUUUUACGCAUUAUUAUUACUAUUAUUAUAAUUAUUAUGGAAAAGCUAAAUCAUUAAUUUCCAAAGCUGAAUCUUUGAAUCAGCUUUUUCAGGUUUAGUCACUUUGUUAUGGAUUAAACAUUAACUUAAGGACCCAAGUUGUCAGUUUGUCUUUCUGCGUUUAUCUUCUUGCUAAAUUGUAAUUAGACAAAGUUUUCACCCACGAAACCGCAUUUUAAAAGCGGACACAUUUGUUCAAUCAUCCUCCGCUCCGGUCCACUGAUUUGGCUGAACGUUGUGAAAAACGAGAAGCUGUGUUAAGCCAUGCAGACCAUCAAUCACGUCCCUAAUCUGCAUGACAGCUCCAACUUAUAUCACCGAUGUUAAAUAGGGGAGAAAAAAAAAAAACGUUUCGUUGCGUGCGCCACCUGGUCAAAACCAAAUAUUUUCAGACGGACGCAUUGCUCACAUACCCAUAUAACAAAUGACAUUAUGGUGCCAUAAACCCGCAUGUGAAGGAAGUCUGAGCAGAGCAGCAGCUUUUAUGGCAGCAGCGUGUCCACAUGGCGUUUUCUCUGGGAAAAGCUGGGUGUGAUUUAUUUGGCCCUGCAAAAGGUUAAACAGCCACAACUCUAAAACUUCAAGGAUCUG